GGCCCUGACCACCCUGAUGCCCUGUGGCACUGUUCCCACGGCUUUUCCUGGGAGACGCGAGCCCCGCCCCCUGCUGGAGAGGGCGGGUCCAGGCCGGGGGCGGGUCCUCACCAGCCGCGCCUCCCGUCGCCUUGACGACCGCGACAAGAUGGCGACCCUGCCGGGCGGGAUUCAAGGGCUGUACCCCGAGGCGCUGAGCCCCGAGCAGCUGGAGAAGCUGCGCGGCUUCAAGGUGGGUGCGGCCCCGACCCCCGCCUCCAUUAGAGUGCAGCUCCCCUGGAUUCAGACUCGGAUUACUAAUGAAAAGUACCUAAGGACCCACAAAGAAGUGGAGUUGCUCAUACGUGGUUUCUUCAGAGUGAACCAGAAUCAGCCCCUCGUCUGCAUUGGAUGCUUCAGAUGGUCCUUCCUGUGAGAAAAGAGGAAGGGAGAAGAGGGGACAGAAUCCUGGUCAGCAUGCCUGUCCUCACCUGUCUGCAGGUCUCUGCUGUACGCUCACUGCAAGCCAUGAGAAGCCCCAUGCUGUUUUUGUUGGGAAGCAAGCUCACCACUUGGGUUUUGCAGAUCCUAAUGAUUUAUGGCCAUUCAGCCACAACUCUCCAGUCUAUAUUCAUAUAUACAGUAUAUGGAACUCUUAAUGCCUUGAAUUUUAGAACUGAAAAAUGGAAGAAAUAGGGAUCUAACUUCUUUUAGGCACCCAGAGAGCUCAGGUUUUAGGCUGGAGAUAUGAUAACAAAGUGUGAAAUUGUAGACAGGCUUUAUUAGGUGUUUUUGUAAACAGCCAGGCAGACGAAUCUUCCCAAACCAUAGCACGGAUCAUAUCAUUCCUUGGCUGGAAAAAUCUUCAGUGGAUCCACAAUAUUGCCUUUUUUUUUUUUAAAACAUUCUAUUGAAAUAUAAAGUACAGACAAGUGGCAUAUCCUAAACUGGAUGAACUUUCGCAAGCUGAGAACACACAUGAUACUAGCGUCCAGAUCAAGAACUAGAACCUGACUAGCACCUCAGACCCUUUGUGGCUCCUUUCAGUCACUUCCUCCAAAAAGUUAGCCAGUAUCCUGACUUCUAAUCACACAGAUUCAUUUUGCCUUUUUGUCUACUUUAUACAAAUGGAAUUCCACAAUAUGUGCUCUUUUGUGCCUGGCUUCUUUUGCUCAGCAGUAUCUUUUAGAUCCUCCCGUCUCAUUGUAGUAUUCCACUGUGUGACUCUACCACGCUUUGUUUAUCCAUUC